GGAGGGGUGUAAACAGGCCCGGUUGUGGCCGAGCUGCGGCCCUGCUGCGUGCUGGUGUCCGGCAUGCUUCAGGCGAGUUGGGGCGGCCUAGCCGCGAGCUCAGCGCCCACCUGAGGUAACUCCUGCGGCCUCGGGACGGGCGUAUCUUACGCCACGCGCAGCCGCCGCUGCCCGCCGCCGACGAGGCCGGCUUAGCCCGGGACCCCGGCAGGGGGUGUGGCUGCCGGCUGUGCUGUCCGCGACAGGUGGGCUGGGCGGGUCGGCCGCCGAAGCCCCAGCUCUGCACCGCUCCGGGUCGCGGCCUCGGCGCGGAGCCGGCCGAAAAGUGGCAGCGACCCCGGGCUGUGGGCCCUUCCGCCCCGGCUGCUCGAGGCUACUCUUGGGGCCGCGCCGAACCGAGGGCCCUGGGCUGCCGGCGUGGAGUCCCAGUUGAAGUCCGGCUCCUGCGGGCUGUGAGACCUUGGCCAAGUCAGCCUCAGCCCUCGCCCUGGCCUGAGUUUCCACAUCUCUAAUGGAUGUCUGGACUAGAUGAUCUGUGAGGACCUGCCUCUUCUGACGUGUGUGAUCUCGAGGGACCCGCAUACUUUGGAAGCUGCCAGAGAGAAAACUUAGUUUGAAGUCCAUGGCCCAAAAUGACUCUACCACUGGAGACUCUGUUCAGUAAAGAAGACAACCAGACAGGAGGCUGGGAUGAGCAUGCCACUGCAUCAGAUCUCUGCCAUUCCAGCCCAGGAUGCCACCGCUGCUAGAGUCUACAGAAGUAAGACCAAAGAAAAGGAGAGGGAAGAGCAGAAUGAGAAGACUUUGGGACAUUCCAUGAGUCAUUCAAGUAACAUUUCUAAGGCUGGGGGUUCUUCGUUGGCGUCGGCACCCGUGUCCGCCUUCUCUCGCACUUCUGUCACACCAUCCAAUCAGGACAUCUGCAGUUCCAGUGCAGUGUGUUCUGAGUGUUGUCACCAAAGUCCCGUGCAUUCUGCCGUUGUCUUGAAAGCUCCUCAAUGCCAGAGUUCUCUGACACAAGGGCUCACUGUGACAGUUAUCUGUAAAGACACAUUGUCAAAGAGAAAUUCCUGUGGUUCAGAAUGGACCCAGGCCUUGAAGCCUGCUGACAAUACCAAAGCCAGAAGAACACUAAAGUUCUCAAAAUCCCUAAAUGAUGUGGGUGAGAAGGCCCAGGAUGCUUUGGAAAGUUUUGACUAUGUGGAAAGAACUUGCUCCGAAGGGAAAUUGAUACUCCCUCAAGAUUCGGGUCUCAGAAUUAACAGGUUCCAUCAGAAGGAGAAAAGAUCGCUGCAUCGCAAACCUCUGGGCAAUUCCAAACAUUCUUGUGUUUCAUCCCUUUCUGCCAAUCAUUCGGCUGCCUCAGAGGUGGAAGCUGGCAAGGGGGGCGUGCACGUUCCUCUUUUGGAAGAGAGAGCGGAUGCUGAAGCUGUGUCUAGGAGCCGGCGACUGCUCCGGUACCUGUUCUCGCUCUCGCACGGCUCAAGCGCCAGCAGCCUGCACGGGUUCCAUGAGCUGGAGUGCUGUGCCGCCCCUCUGCACACCGCCAAGUCCUCCAGCGGGCUGGCAGGGAGCGUGGGCUUCUGCUCCGAUGAAAUGGGAGACGACGAUGUCUUUGAGGACAGCACAUCUGCAAAAUGGAAGAACAAGGUCCUGCGGGCACCCCUCUGUUCAGUGGAGAAGGACAGUGACCUGGAUUGUCCUUCUCCCCCCUCUGAAAAAUGCCCCCCCAUAUCUCCUGUGUCCACAUCAGGGGAUGCCUGCAGGAUCUGCCACUGUGAAGGGGAUGACGAGAGCCCUCUGAUCACCCCCUGCCACUGCACAGGGAGCCUCCACUUCGUGCACCAGACCUGCCUGCAGCAGUGGAUCAAGAGCUCCGACACACGCUGCUGUGAGCUCUGCAAGUACGAGUUCAUCAUGGAGGUCAAGCUGAAGCCUUUGAGAAAAUGGGAGAAGCUGCAGAUGACGGCCAGCGAGCGCAGGAAGAUCAUGUGCUCAGUGACGUUUCAUGUCAUCGCCAUCACCUGUGUGGUCUGGUCCUUGUACGUGCUCAUCGACCGUACCACUGAGGAGAUCAAACAUGGACAGGCAACAGGAAUCCUAGAGUGGCCUUUUUGGACUAAAUUGGUGGUUGUGGCCAUCGGGUUUACUGGUGGACUUCUUUUUAUGUAUGUUCAGUGCAAAGUGUACGUACAAUUAUGGAAGAGACUCAAGGCUUAUAACAGAGUAAUCUAUGUUCAAAACUGUCCAGAGACAAACAAAAAUAUUUUUGAGAAAUCUGCACUAACAGAGCCCAACUUCGAAAAUAAAGAUGGACCUGGAACCUGUCAUUCCGACACAAACUCUUCUUGUUGGACAGAACCUGAAGACACUGGAACCGAAAUCGUUCACGUCUGAUUUUGUGGAGGGUGUAGUUUUCCUGAACAUCAACGAACAGCUGAAGGAAAUUGUUUACUGCCAAUUGUGUACCUUUUCUUAUGUCCUUUAAUAGCAUAGACCAGGCAGGUGACUGUU